AUGGUGCAUGACAUUUGGGCGGUUCCCCUCCAGCUCUCCAACUUCAAUAUCCUAGUUGCCGUACUGGGCGGCUUCGUCUCUCUCUUUGGCCUCGUGUCGUAUCUCCUAAAGGAGAAUUAUUCUCUCUCUGAAGCUCGGUCACUGACUCGAGAGAAAAAUCAAGUUAUUUCGCUCUUAGUGGGCGUCGCCUUUGGACCAAAUGGGGCAAACUUCAUCCGCCCGAGGGACUAUGCCGAGUGCAACCAAAAAGGAGUCUCAGUCAUCGAGUGCCGCGACAAUCUGAACGCCAUCACGCUCAAUUUCUCCAGACUGGUUCUGGGCGUCCAGUUGGUUCUCGCUGGCGUACAGCUCCCCAGCAGAUACCUCAAGACGGAAUGGAAGUCGGUGCUGCUGCUCGUCGGCCCCGGCAUGACGGCUAUGUGGAUAGCCACGAGCCUGCUAGUCUGGGCUUUUGCGAGGACGCCGAGCUUCCUGCACGCACUCGCCGUCGGCGCAUGUGUAACGCCAACUGAUCCCGUGCUGUCCGCCGUUAUAGUUAAAGGUAAGUUCGCAGACCAUAAUAUCCCCAAAGAACUUCAGAAUCUCAUCAUUGCCGAGUCGGGCACCAACGACGGGCUCGGCUACCCUUUCCUCUUCUUUGCACUUUAUCUCAUCAAGUAUGUGGGCUCAGGUGCCGCAUCUGGUGGUGCUGGCGAUGCCAUGGGCCUGUGGUUCGGCUUCACCUGGGGAUACACGAUUGUUCUCAGCGUCCUGUAUGGCGCCGUGGUGGGCUGGGUAGGCAAGAAGUUGCUGCGCUGGGCAGAAGAGCGCAACUACGUGGACCGCGAGAGUUUUCUCGUCUUUGCCAUUGCCCUCGCUCUUUUCGUCUUGGGUACGUGUGGCCUUGUUGGUACCGACGAUGUCCUUGCCUGCUUCAUCGCGGGAAAUACAUUUACAUGGGAUGAUUGGUUCAGGCUGCAGACCAAGGAUGACUCCCUUCAGCCGACAAUCGACAUGCUCCUGAACGUCACUAUCUUCUUGUGGUACGGCGCCUACCUACCGUGGGACCUUUUCGGUGAUAACAAUGUUAUCUCUACUUGGCGCCUCGUAGUUCUUGGUCUCCUGGUUCUUCUCCUGCGACGGCUGCCUUGGGUGUUCAGCAUGCACAAGUGGAUUCACCAGAUUAAAGAGAUCAGACAGGCAAUUUUCGUGGGGUUCUUUGGACCCAUCGGCGUCUCUGCCAUCUUCUACCUGUUUGUGAGCAUGGAGUAUAUCGAGGAACAUUUGAGUGACGUGGACGGUGUCCCUCGAAGCGAUGUCAAGGACCUUGGUGAAACAAUUCGAGUCGUCGUCUGGUUCCUCACAGUCUGUAGUAUCGUCGUCCAUGGGCUAAGUAUCCCUCUGGGAAAGGCGGGAUACCUCGCGCCUCGGGCCUUUGGCCGGGUACUGAGCGAGACUCUGAGCGAUGAGCCGCGCGCGGUGGAAGCUCGGCGCAGGAUCCCGGUUCUGGGCAAGUACCUUAUUAGAGAGCGUCGCGACCUUGAGUCCAGGCACGUUCAACAUACUAGCGUAAUAUCGCGCCCGUUGGACCUUCGUCACCCACAUUCGGAGACAAAUACCUCGGUUGAUUCAUUGCAGGCAGCUGUCGUACCGAGUCGCGCGAGCCAUAUUGAGGUCGACUCGCGCAGUGCCACCCAGGUCCCGGUUCAGCGCGAGCGGGAGAUUCGGUUCCCUGACGAGACCCAACGGCUGAAUUGA